AUGAGCGUUUCGGAUACUCUUGAAGCAGCUAGCGAAAAGUUGUCACUACCUGAUGAGAGUUCAUCUUACAAAGACCUGAGUCCUGCUGAAGGCAUAAUGCAUAAAACGGCUCAAGACAACUCGAAGUUUUCACCGCUGGACAUGCUAGCGCCGCCGCCUACCCACAACAACACAUCCAAAAAGUCUUUACUGACAUCCGGAGAGACGUAUGCUUCGCCGCAUAGUGAUGGCUUGUUGUCGGCGGGAAGCGGAAGCGGAAAUUCUUCCAUUCCGGCGGCGGGAAGCGCGCUAUCGGUGCAUCAUGAGCUUCAACUGUUGAAGGAGCAAUUGGACCAACAGACGCAGCAGACUCAAGCAGCGAUGGCACAGUUGCAAUUAGCUAGGGAACAGUUGGCUGCUGAACAGAGUGCAAGACUGGAGGCUCAAGCUAGGACCCACCAAUUAUUGGUUCACAAUCGCGAAUUAUUGGAUCACAUUGCGGCUCUGGUAUCGCAUCUGCAAGGAACGGACAAAGCGGCGAAUAUUCCACAGAGCUCUCCACUGAUGGCAAUGCCUCAGCAACAACAGCAGCAGCAGGAGUCCAGUUAUCAUGGGGAGUAUACGGACUCCAAUUCGUUGGAGCACAGCCCAGUGUUGCAGGCGUUAGGUCUGAAUCCUCAAGGGCUUAUAGAGAACAGAGCAGUGACAUCUUGCCUGCCGCCGUCGCCGCUACGGACUACGUUUAAUCCCGGCGGCGGUGUAUUCAACUUCAAUAUGCCCCAAAACGAAUAUUCCUUCGAGAACCAGCUCCUGCAGCGGAUACAAUCCCUGAGCGGCUACACGCCUCCACAGUAUCCCUGCAACUACGGCCAAAACCUGGGAUACCUGUCAAGCCUAUAUGGAAAUCCACUGAUGAACAACAACUACACGCUGCAGCCACCGCCGCAGAAGAAGUUCCCAUCAUCUCCGAUACCUCUAAGACAUUCUUAUACCGGAAGUCCGGUUCUGGACAAGAGGCCGAGCCCGGCGCGCAGCAACGACGCGUACCAAACGCAGCAGCAGUACCAAUCCCAGCAGAACCUUCAGCAACAGCAGCAGCAACAACAACAAAACUUGGGUUUCCAGCAACAGCAAAGGCAGCAAUCGCAACAGAACCUGAAUCAAAUGCCAAAUCAAUCGAACAAUUUGCAAGUACGUUCGGAGAUGCAACUUUCAAGGCCGGACAGGAAAUCCGAGCCCAGAUACAUCAAGCCCCUCUCGCAAAUGGGUACGUUAACAACCACAGAUAGUUCAGGGAGAGUGCACGUCAUAGUCCCUGUACCAUCAAACACCGAUGACACAGCAAAUCUUCUAUCUUCUUUGCAUCUCGGAGGCGAUUUGAAACCGAACUCCGUCCCCACCAUAACGCGUUCCACCAGCGAAAAAGUCCCAAAUAGGAGCGAACUCAUGUCACAAGUGCAGAGGACGGCAUGGGCAAGACACACAACCAAGUGAUUAUUCAUUGUUUGAUAUUGGGGAGAAGAUUCAACGAAUUUGUUAUUGGAAAUAAGAUUCGUUACUGGAGAGAAGAUUACACAAAUUUAAAUAAUAAUAUUGUAGAUUAUUAAUAAGUAAAGUAAAAUAAAUCGUGUGUUUUAUUUAUUUUAUAUGUAAAUUGCAAUAUGUUCGUACUACGGAUGUGUGUGUGGGAAGAGAACUGGUCGAAGCUCUUGUGUUUUCAGUUUCACGAUGUGAAUGGUGGAUCAAGUGGGAAGGAAACAUUUGAUUAACUGCAAGACAGUAUUUUUUUUGUAAACGUUAUCAGAAUCUGUACAUUAUUUCUUAGCUAUGUUAUUUAGCUUAUCACAAGUACGCCCUGUAUCGAUAUUAUAGUUGUUACAUCACUUAUUGUACAGAGUUAUACAAUGUAUAUUUGAAAUGAUUAAAACUAUAAUGAAAGUUCCGGUA